AUCUCAGGGCGUUUGGGCUGAAUCAGGAAGAGAACAGGAAAAGUGAAAGAAAAUAGAAAUGAUGUUUGUCAGGUAAAGCUGUGAACGUUUGACGGUAUAAUUGGCCUCAUUCCGCCAUGAGGAGAGUUACGCUGUUUGUGAACGGAACCUCGACAAACGGAAAGGUGGUGGCCGUGUACGGGUCUCUGGAGGAUCUGCUCACCGUGGCCAGCUCCAAACUGGGCAUAAGAGCCUCUAGUGUUUACAACGGGAACGGCGGCCUCAUCGACGACAUCACGCUGAUCAGAGACGACGACGUGCUGUACGUCUCAGAGGGAGAUUCCCUGGAAGGUGAGAGAGGUCCUCAGGAGGAGCCCAGAGGUCCUGACGAGGGUCAGACCGACUGGCUGACGCUCAACGUGGGCGGACGAUGCUUCACCACAACAAGGAGCACGCUGGUCAGGAAAGAACCUGAGAGCAUGUUGGCCCACAUGUUCAGAGAGAAAGAUGUUUGGGGGAACAAGCAGGACUCUCAGGGGGCGUACUUGAUCGAUCGCAGUCCAGACUACUUUGAACCUAUCCUGAAUUAUCUGAGACACGGACAGCUCAUUAUCAAUGACGGCAUCAACCCUCUGGGUGUGCUGGAAGAGGCUCGUUUCUUUGGUAUAGAACAGCUUGCGGAACAGCUGGAGACCCUGAUAAAGUUAUCUCAGCCCCCUGAGGACCAUUCUCCUCUGACCCGGAAGGAGUUUAUUAGGUACCUGUUGGCCACAACAACCAAGUCAGAGCUGCGGUGUCAGGGUCUGAACUUUCACGGUGCAGAUCUGUCUCGUCUGGAUCUGCGUUACAUCAACUUCAAGAUGGCCAACCUGAGAGGAGCCAACCUGACUCACUCCAACCUUAGCGGGGCAAACCUGGAGCGAGCCGACCUGUCCAUGGCAUGUCUCGAUGGGGCCAAUCUGCAGGGUGUGAAAAUGCUGUGCACCAAUGCUGAAGGGGCUUCACUGAGAGGCUGCAACUUUGAGGAUCCGUCUGGAAUUAAAGCCAAUCUGGAGGGGGCCAACCUGAAGGGUGUGGACAUGGAGGGAAGUCAGAUGACGGGCAUUAACCUGAGGGUUGCCACACUGAAAAACGCCAAACUGAAGAACUGCAAUUUGAGAGGAGCGACUCUGGCCGGGACGGACCUGGAGAACUGUGACCUGUCGGGCUGUGACCUUCAGGAGGCCAACCUGAGAGGCUCCAAUGUGAAGGGCGCCAUCUUUGAGGAGAUGCUGACUCCUCUCCACAUGUCUCAGAGUGUUCGGUAAAACCCAGCACUCACAGCUGAAAUGUCCCAAAAAAUUGAAAAUGAAUGCACAAACAGACAUCUAACACAGUGAGUGUUUGAUAAUCAGACGCAUUCAUCUACCUGUAAAUAAAUAAAAAUCUGUUUAUUUGUGGCUCAUGAAGUACAUUGGCCAAUGAUCCUGAAACUACACCAAAUGUUGUAUUCACUCCAAACCAAAUGCAUCAACCUGCUUUUGACAGGCUUCAUUUUUAAACAUUUUUUGAAUGUAAAGGUUGAACUUUUCAUCAUGUCAAAAGAGUCCAGUAUCCAUCUGUACUGUAUGGAGCUUCAUAGCAACUGGUGUUUACUAAAGCAGUAUGUACCUACUAUACAGUAUUCCUGACUAGGUUGCAAUAAUUUAGGAUAUACAAGAUGACAAAGCAAACAAUGCACAUUUUUAUAGAAAGGAACAGACAUUUAACGUGUAAUAGAGACAAACAGCUGCUUUAUUUACAUGUUUAGUUCCUGCUGAUGUAUUUUGGUAAACGUCCAGUCCUGCUGAGCUGCACUGAAUGUAAAACCUCUGAGGGGUUAAACUUGAUCAGUCUGUCUUCUCCUCUGUGCUGUACUUUUUAUAUUGUUAUCAAAAGUAAAUGUUUUUACUGGGUAAAUCUGUCAUUUGGUAUAUAUGAACAUGUAGAAAUUAAAUAUGCACAGUACAAAGA